AAAGGCUGCCACUUCCCAGCUAAACUCAGACACCCAACAAGUUUCUUCUCUCCAAAUUGUAUAUCCUGUUGGCCUGUUGAAAAACAGCAAGAUGCUCCAUCGGUGUGUUGUGCUGCUUCUCCUUGCUCUUGCAGCAGUUGCUCUCUCUGCUCCUGUUGACAAUAAAAAAACUGAUGAUGAGAGAAGUGCUGCGCUGCUGAAACACCUGAACGGAGGAAGUACAGGUGCACCUGCAACAGCAGCACCAGCUUCAGAUGACAGCGCUGGAAGUGAAUCAGAUGCAGACCAACCUGAAGAUCCUACAGAUGAGAGCACUGGCUCAGUUGAAGGAACUGAAGCUCCCAUUGACUCAGAUGAGGCAACUGAUUCACCAGACAGUGAAGGAGACAUUUCCAUGGAGGAUGAACUUGAGGAAGACAGCGAGGACUCUGUUGAGCCAACUGAAGGUAUUCCAGAUUCAGAUGAAACAGCUGAAGAGGAAGAUGAUUCAGAUGACAGUGAGGGAAAAAAUUCAAAAGAUGACUCUGAAGAGGAUAACCAAGAUUCUACUGAAGCACCUAAAGAAGAGUCAGAGGAGCAAACUGAGGAGCAAACUGAGAAACCAGCUGCUUCUGAUGAGAGCAGUCCAAGAAGUGUGAAGACAGAUGAGCCUGAAGAUGACAAUGAAGACUUGGAGGAGGAAACUGAUGAUCUAACCACCGAGGAGUCGGAUGAUGAGGAUGAUAAAGAUGAUGCCGAUGAUGACGAUGAUGAAACUGAGGUUGAAGAAGAUGACGAUGAGAACGAAGAUUCCGAUGACAAGACUGACAGCACUCCUUCAGAACCAGCAAAGACACCUGCGGCUCAAGCUUCUUCAGAUGCAGCAAAGACACCUGCAGCUCAAGAGGAGGAUGACAACGAUGAUGAAAAAGACAGUGAUACUCAGACUGCGGAGGUAACAGGUGAUGACACCGUUCAGGAGGAUGAGGAUGAUGUGGUGACAGCUGGAACAAAGGAGGAAGAUGACAAGGACGAUGAGGAAGAAGACGACAACAGCUCACUUAAAGAGGAGGGAGACGCCGUAGGGAGCCAGGAAUCUCAAGAGAAAUCAAAUUCCCAGGAGGCCAAAACAAGUGUUUCAAUGGAGGCUAAAACAGAGGAGGCUGGUGAGAAGGACGAAGACGAAGAGGAGAUGAGCGAAGAGGAAGAAGUCAAGAUCGAAGAGGAUGAUCCUUCUGAUGAAGAUGACAGUGAGGUCAAAGAAGACAGUGAGGAGGGCUCUGAUGAAAAGGCAGACUCCAAGGUCAGUGAGGAAGAGGAGGAGGUUGAGGAGGACAUGACAGAGGAAACUGAGGAACCCGAGGAGGAGAAUCCCGAUUCGUCUGACUCUGUUGAAGGUAAAAAUCCACACCGGCUGACGAGACCGUGGAGGACAUGCAGCCUGACUCCACUACCGUCGCCUGAAACGACAGUUGGACGCUCAGCCUCUGAAGUGUGGAAGCUCACCAACGUCAGAACCAAGAACCCACGGCCUCCACAGAGGAACAUGUUGCCAUGACAACAAGCUACGGCUAAACUUCAGCCUUCAGUUUCCUGUUUGUUUCUGUCGUUUUUUUUUUCCCAGCCUGCUCCUGAUUUUUUGUCCAUUUCUUCUUCAAAUUGCUUUAGUUUUUUUCUUCCUGUCAGAGACCCAAAAGAAAUGCGUCUCCCUCCGGUGUGCUGGCUCUGUCUUCCUGGUGUCUCCUUUAACCCGCUAUCUGCCUCCGUGUCUGUCUGUGUGUGCAGAAACAUUAAACCAGCUGCUGAUCUCAGAUGUGCUCUGUGUCUGAUUCCACACCUUAACGUGUACAUACAGUCCAUCGUUUACUUUGCAGAUAUUAAUGCUUAUUUUUAAAAGGAAAUAAGGGUUGAAAAGAGCUAAUGAUUGUACACAAAGAGCGGCAAAUAAAGUUUGAAUUGUCUGAAACA